UACGUAACUGCUAAAGAAGUGGAUGUACCAUUCGUACUUCAAAUUUGAUUUGAACAAAAGAAUGGUUUGGAUUUUGAAAGUUGGAUUGGGUUCACUGUCCUUGAGGUGUGAGUUUAUGGUGUAUAAUACACUGCAUGUGAAAUGAAUUAGAAUAGACUUUCGCAUUGAGAGGUUUCUGUUACUUCUACCACACCAAAGUUAGUGGAGCUAUUUAUCUCUAAUGGGUUCAUUUUCCGGCACUUGUGAAAUUGUUGAAGCAAGGGAAGACCUAAAUGCAGGGAAAGAUACUGGGAUACAUCAGUCCACUUCUGGAUAUAGUGUGGCUGAGAAAAAUCAGAAGCUUCCUGUGUUGAAACUGGGAUUCAAGGAUAAUAUAGAUGAUGAUAUUAAUAAGCUGUUUGAAUCAUUUACUCUUAAAUCUUCAUCAAGGGAUUUGGGAUUUUUACAAGAUGGGACAAGCCCUAAGAUGAAAAGUGCACUAAAAAAGCCAAUCACAGUGGGUGUUCCUCGGUCCCCGCGAGUUGGGACUUCUGAGCCAGUGACUUUGAAGCAGGCAUUAAGAGACCUAUGUAUAUCUAAGGCAUCAGAAAUGGCUGCAAUGAAAAGAUUAUCAAAGUCAACAGCUUCUCCUAGAAUAUCCGAGGUUGGGAAAAUACAGACAUUGUACAAUUCAGUUGUAGCUGAAGAUAGACGAUCUGGACCUUCUAAUGGUGAGAGUAAAGGGAGAACAAUUGAGAUAUCUCUAGUGUCAGAUGAAAGCAAUUCUCUUGCCUUGGAUAAAGCAUCCCAGUCUCAUCAAACUGCCAAAAGCAAUCCAUUGAGCCAAAAUGUUCAUUCUUCCAUUGCAACUACACAAAAUGAUACUGGGGCAUGUUCAUCAAGUAAAGUUGAGGUUCCAUCACAGCCAUUGGAGUCUGCUCAAAUAGAAAAACAAACAUCUACAUCUUCAACAUCUAUUUGUAACACCAAUGGAAGUAUAUUAGAGUUGCCUGAAAAUGCUUCUUCUCCUAAAAAAUUAGGAAAUAAAGCACCUGUGUCAAAGAAUGGGCGCAAAGGUAGGUUACAAACAGUGUCUUCCUCAUCUACUUCAGUAAAUGGCAAUAGAGUGUGCAAACUGUCACGCAAUGCUCCCCGAACAGUUAAAUCGGUCAUCAAGAACAAGAAUUUGGGUAAGAAGAAACUAAAUCAGGUUUCAAUUUCUUCUUUAGUUGAUCCUACACCCAAUGAAGUAAAUAACAUGUCAGUUCCUGGUACAACUCAACUCGUUUGCGAGAGAUGUUGGUGUGCUAUAGAAAAUACAAGCAAAGAAAACAGCAAAGGUAUUAUAGAAUUGGACUCUAUCAGUCCUGGAGAUGGAGUAAACUCGAGUAAUGUGCACCCUCAGUCAGCAUCAACUGGCUGUAAUAGCGGCAGAGAAGUUACGAAAGUUAAAAAGAACACCAGAUUGAAAGAGCAACUUGAAUUUUCACAAAGUUCAAAGAGUAGCCAAGGUGACCACAGUAGCAGUACAAGUACCAGUGAUGAGAGCAAUGUCAGUGGUUCUAGUUGUGGUAAUAGACCUCACAUGUCAAAGGAUGUUAGAUGGGAAGCCAUACGACAUGCUCAAAUGCAGCAUGGAGUCUUGGGCUUGAGACACUUCAAUCUUUUGAAGAAACUUGGUUGUGGAGACAUUGGGACUGUAUAUCUUGCUGAAUUAAUUGGCACAAAUUGCUUGUUUGCUAUUAAGGUCAUGGACAAUGAAUUUUUGGCAAGAAGGAAGAAGAUGCCUAGGGCUCAAACUGAAAGAGAAAUAUUAAGGAUGCUGGAUCAUCCUUUUCUUCCAACACUGUAUGUGCAGUUUACAUCAGAUAACCUGUCAUGUCUGGUCAUGGAGUAUUGUCCAGGUGGAGAUCUUCAUGUUCUACGGCAGAAACAACUUGGUAGAAGUUUUUCAGAGCCAGCAGCAAGGUUUUAUGUUGCUGAAGUCCUUCUUGCUUUGGAGUACUUGCACAUGCUUGGAGUUGUUUACCGUGAUUUGAAACCUGAAAACAUUCUUGUUCGAGAAGACGGCCACAUUAUGCUCACGGAUUUUGACCUGUCACUGAGGUGUGAUGUUAGCCCGACUCUUCUGAAAUCAUCUGAUGUGGAUCCUGCUAAGAUUUCUGGUCCUUGUGCACAAUCGAGUUGCAUUGAGCCAUUCUGUAUUGAGCCAUCCUGUCAAGUUCCGUGCUUCAGCCCUAGAUUCUUACCUACUGCUGCAAAAGCAAGGAAAUUAAAAGCUGAUCUUGCUGCUCAGAUCAGAUCAUUGCCGCAACUCGUGGCUGAGCCUACAGAUGCAAGGUCAAAUUCAUUUGUUGGUACUCAUGAAUACCUAGCGCCUGAGAUCAUCCAAGGAGAGGGACAUGGAGCUGCAGUUGACUGGUGGACAUUUGGUGUUUUUCUUUAUGAGCUUCUAUAUGGUAGAACACCCUUUAAAGGAUCUAAUAAUGAAGAAACAUUAGCCAACGUGGUGAUGCAAAGUCUCAGAUUCCCUGACAGCCCAUUUGUUAGUUUCCAAGCGAGGGAUCUCAUAAGAGGGUUGUUGGUUAAAGAGCCUGAAAACCGUUUGGGGUCUGAGAAAGGGGCUGCAGAGAUUAAACAGCAUCCCUUCUUCGAGGGCCUUAAUUGGGCCUUAAUACGUUGUGCUAUCCCACCAGAACUUCCAGACUUUUGUGAGUUUGGAGUCUCAGACAUGACCUCACAGCCACAGGGCAAGGGUGGCAAGUAUUUAGAGUGUAAAACAACUGGGGAGCAAGUGGAAUUUGAGUUGUUUUGAAGAGACUGCUCUUUGGCAAGUGUGGCAUUCUUUUUAUGGAUUCCCUUGUUUCUGGCUCUAUGCUUCAUGUGCCGAGCUGUAACAAUUAUGUAAGCCUAUGUUGUAAUUAUAACAGGUAAAAUGUGCCUUAUUAGGUGUAGUAAGUUCAGGUUGUAUGGCAACUUGAAUAGUUGAUAGUCGCAAUAUGAAAGAACAUAAAUUCCUGGGAACCAAAAAAUGCGACACUUAUUCAGUUCCC